AUGGACUUGCUGAAGAAUUCACACUGCGUUCCAUCUCCAUUUCGCCCUCCGCCGCUGCUUUCUUAUCCUCGGUGUGCGGUUGCAGUUUCCCUAUUCAGAAAGCCUAAACAUGUCGGAAAAUGUACAAGUAUGUGCGCGGCUUCCAACUCUGAUACGAUAGUGAAAUCGAGCAAAUUUGCCGACAAGGAGGAGGAGCUCGGAGAUUUGAAGUCCUGGAUGGAUAGGAACGGACUUCCUUCCUGCAAAGUUAUGCUUAAAGAAAGACCUUCUCACGUCUCGAAGCAUCGUCCUAUUCACUAUGUAGCAGCCAGUGAAGAUCUUCAGGAAGGUGAUGUAGCAUUUUCUGUCCCUAAUUCAUUGGUGGUGACCCUCGAGAGAGUAUUGGGAAAUGAAACAAUUGCUGAACUUUUAACCACAAACAAGCUAUCAGAAUUAGCCUGUUUGGCACUAUAUUUAAUAUAUGAGAAGAAGCAGGGUAAGAAGUCUUUCUGGUAUCCAUAUAUUAGAGAACUUGACCGUCAGCGAGGUAGGGGGCAGUUAGCUGUUGAAUCACCACUUUUAUGGUCAGAGGUUGAACUAGAUUACCUAACUGGAAGCCCUACAAAGGCUGAGGUUCUGGAGAGAGCUGAAGGAAUCAAGCGAGAGUAUAAUGAACUUGACACUGUCUGGUUCAUGGCUGGUUCUCUAUUUCAGCAAUACCCAUAUGAUAUACCUACAGAGGCUUUCCCAUUCGAGAUUUUCAAACAAGCUUUUGUUGCAGUUCAAUCAUGUGUGGUUCAUUUGCAGAAAGUCAGUUUAGCCAGGAGAUUUGCUUUGGUUCCUUUGGGACCUCCAUUAUUGUCCUAUAGAAGCAACUGCAAAGCGAUGUUAACUGCAGUUGAUGGGCUUGUGCAACUUGUCGUUGAUCGUCCCUAUAAAGUUGGGGAACCUAUUGUUGUCUGGUGUGGGCCGCAACCUAAUUCAAAAUUACUCAUCAACUAUGGUUUUGUUGAUGAAGAUAAUCCCUAUGAUCGCCUGAUGGUUGAGGCUUCUUUGAAUACUGAGGAUCCUCAGUAUCAGGAGAAAAGGUUGGCUGCUCAAAGAAAUGGAAAGCUAUCAGUACAAGUUUUUCAGGUUUCUGUGGGAAAGGAAAAAGAGGCUGUGAUGGAUAUGCUUCCUUAUUUGCGAUUGGGAUAUGUUUCUGAUCCUUCAGAGAUGCAAUCUGUUUUAUCUUCUCAAGGUCCAAUAUGUCCGGUGAGUUCCUGUAUGGAACGUGCUGUUCUUGAUCAACUGGCGGAAUAUUUUAUAAAAAGACUUGCUGGUUAUCCUACUACACUUUCUGAGGAUGAGAACAUGCUUGUAGACCGCAGCAUUAAUCCAAAGCGACAAGUAGCUACGCAACUUGUCAGGCUGGAGAAGAAAAUUUUAAAAGCAUGUUUACAGGCAACGGUAGAUCUGAUUAACCAGUUGCCCGAUAACUCUGUAGCCCCAUGUCCUGCUCCGUAUUCUCCGAUUUUGAAAUG